GAAUACACGUAGCCUAUGUCAUUUGUUAAUGCUAGUACACAAUAAUAUUUUUUUGCCUGUAAUUUGUUGGAGGGUAUCCUAAUAUAUUGACUUAUUCUUACUUACAAUUGUGUCGAUUUUCAUUGAAAACAUUUGACACGACGCACACCUGUAGUCUACAAUGGCCGGAAGUCGCCUACCAUAAGGAGCUGAUAGUGAGCUAGUAUGGUUGGCAGGUGUGGAAUUCGUAACAAAAAUCCAGUCUAGCUUGAUUUUUAGAUUGAGGACUAUAUUAACAGCACCGGUUGUGUUUUUCAUCUGAGAAGAGACUCGUCUGGGAACAGUGAUCAAAUAACACCUUUUUUUGGGGGGGGAAAUAUCGAGCAAAGUAGGAAUUUUAAUCGAUUGUCUCCUCGUUCGAGAACACCUAGGACUGUGGAAUCAUGUCUCAGGGUGGGAAUAUUUUGCCAGACGACAAAGUUUUUGCGGACUUUAGAAAACAGUGCUGGGCUAUGGACAACUGGCACAGCAAAUAUAAUAAGAAUGGAAUGGAAGUUUGGGUUGAGAGUCCGCCCGUCGCAUCUUCAAAUGGAAGCAAGAAUAAGCCUCAAAAAGUUCACAAAAUUAAGUGCAGAAUGACAAUAACAGACGUCUCGGCAGAGACCAUGUUCGACGUCCUUCACGACAGUCAGUAUCGCAAGAAGUGGGACCCCACUAUGGUGGAAAGCUAUGAUAUCGCACGGUUAUCCACUAACGCCGAUGUCGGCUAUUACUCCUGGCUUUGUCCCAAGCCACUGAAGAACAGGGAUGUGGUGACUCUGCGCUCCUGGCAGGUGAAUGACGUGGAGUAUAUCAUUGUGAACUUCUCCGUCAAACACCCGAAAUACCCUCCACAGAAAGACAUGGUGAGAGCAGUCUCUGUUCUUACUGGUUACCUGAUUGUGUCAACUGGACCAAACAGCUGCUUGUUCACAUACCUUUCACAAGCUGACCCCAAAGGCUCCCUCCCCAAGUGGGUAGUGAACAAAGCCUCUCAAGUUUUGGCUCCUAAAGUCCUGAGAUGUGUGCAUAAGGCGGGACAGAACUACCCAGAAUGGAAAGCACAGAACUCCCCUGAUCUCAAGCCCUGGCUUCACCCUGAACAGAGUGUCCUGCCCAUGAUGGACCCCUCAGAGUUGUCCAUUCAGCGGGCAGACUCGCUGGAGAAUAUAGACGAGAGCUCCUCAAGAGAGGCAUUGGAGACUGAGGCUGAUGACAGCAGCUAAAUGUACGUGUCUUUAUGGGGACUUCAGAGGACUGGGUGGACUACAAAUGGAUGGGGAACUGAAGUUUUGAUUUUCCUCCAUGUUUUAUGUACUCACUUGAAGACCACAGCCAGACUCCAUUUACUGCUGUGAGUUCUCACCUCUGCACACUUACAGUACAAUGCCCAUCCCUGCUGACAAAGAAUGUUCACAGCAUCUUAGGCCAGGUGCUAAUACAGAAGCUGUUAUUCAGGUUUACCUGCUUCCUCUGAAGUAUGUUUCUUUUGUAUUUAUGUCACAACAGAUAUGGAAUAACUUGUGUUUCUUUCAUGUUGUGAUUCUGCCGUAGAAUCUGGCAGUAUGAUUGCAUCGAGAGUUCCCAUCUCUGUGCAGUGUCGAUGUGGUCAUACUGAAGUUGAUGAAACCCUCUAUUUAUAUAUUCUGUAUUUUCUUUUUACAGUAAAUGAAGGUUUUAAUGAUGCCUUUAGUGGCCAUGUGGUAUUGGAGUGGUAACAAAUGUAAUAUACCCUUCAGGGUAAUUUUUUUAAAUGGAAGGAUCUACUUUAAAUGGACUGUACAACACAACUUUUGAAGCCUUGAUUCUUUUUUUCCCUUAGGGUUUAUAACACAUCAGAUGUAAUGGUACUUUCAGUAUGAUUACAUGAAGUUUAAGAUGUAGUUCUGUAUUCAUGUAUCUCAUUUAUAAACAUUUUAUAAAAGGCUGA